UUGGUUAAUUGAAAUAGUACGAAAAUAUUCUAUGUCCUUUAACCCAAUACGACCUGCCUGCAUGGAGAAUGUGACUUGUCAUGUAGUUGGUACGUCUUGGCAUUGGAUUCGUCUAUCAACUGACAUAUGGGGGGUCACAUCCGAUCCCACAGAAGGUCAACAGGGACCCGGCCGAAUCUGCAUGGCCGAAACCCAACUUUAACCGCUCCUAUAGCCGGCACGGUAGCAAUUAUAUAGGGGAAAGACAUCAAAAUCAGGUCACCAGCGUAUAAAUAUUUACGCGUCAAUAAACACGAAGAGGAGCAAGAGGAGCAUGUUAAUAACAGGAAGGCCCUUAACGUAGUAUCGGCUUUAUUCCUCAAGGAGAAAAGCUUUGCCUGCGGAUAUGGAUCCGACUCCAGAUAAAACGUAUGUGCGAGAGGCGGGCACAAGCUAUCUUUGGUGCGCUUGUCUCCGUCGCGGGCCUCGACUCGUAUUUCUUUCAGUGCCGCGGGAGAUCUUACCCCAGAAAUCCGGAUAUCCAUAUUGCUUCUCCACAGCGGGUGAGAGCUUUACCCCUGGUUCUCGCCCAUUAUAUGAACAGGACAGCUCGCUGGUGCUUAGACAGGUUGCACGCUCGUUCGAAUUGCAUGUCGAUCCCGCAUGCACACUUCGGCUAGUUGCAUCUGAUUAACCUAGCCGCCUAUCUUACCUCGAGAUGCAUUACCUUCGAGCUUUACUCCUUGCGACUCUGUCGUCUCUCGCCGAGGCGAGUUUACAAGUAGUACCCGGCGCUACUUGGACUACGUCAAACGGUGAGCACUUGCAAGCCCAUGGCGCCGGUGUCAUCAAGGUCGACUCUACGUACUACCUAAUCGGCGAAGACAAGACGAACGGAAGUGCCUUCCAGAACGUCAACUGCUACUCUUCCCGAGACUUGGUGCAAUGGACCUAUGUCGGUGCGCUCCUCUCGCGUACCUCCAGCGGCGACUUAGGCCCGAGCAGGGUCGUAGAGCGUCCUAAGGUAGUUUACAAUGCCAAGACGGGCAAGUACGUGUUGUACAUGCACAUCGAUUCAUCCAGCUACGGGGAAGCCAAGGUUGGCGUGGCCACUGGCGACUCUGUGUGCGGCAAUUACACGUACAUCCAAUCGUUUCAGCCACUGGGUCACCAGAGCCGUGACAUGGGUCUAUUCGUCGACGACGACGGCGCCGGUUACUUGCUAAGCGAAGACCGCCAGAACGGCCUGCGUAUCAUGAAGUUAUCCGACGACUACCUCACCGUGGAGAGUAGCACGUACCUGUGGUCUGACAGCAUCGAAGCUCCGGCUGUUCUUAAGCUGAAUGGGCGUUACUACAUGUUCGGCUCGAAGCUCACCGGCUGGGCCGCUAAUGAUAACGUGUACAGCACAUCGACAUCUCUGAGCUCGGGGUGGAGCGCGUGGACGACGUUCGCCGACGUCGGCAGCAAAACGUACACCUCGCAGACCAACUACGUGUUACCAGUCGGCAACAACGCCGCCAUCUACCUCGGCGACCGGUGGGUGAGCACGAACCUCAUGGCAUCGACGUACGUAUGGCUACCCCUAACCAUCAGCGGGACCAACGUGACCAUGGCCAACGCCGAGUCCUGGGUUCCAGACCUAUCCUCGACAUCGGCAUCCGCGUCGAAAGCCAAGCCGUCGGAGACAGCAUACGAAGGCGAGACCGCUGCAUACGGCGGCAACACACGCAACGUAAGCUGCAGCAACUGUUCUGGGCAGACGGCGGCGGGCUAUGUGGGAGGCCCGGACAAGGGAACCGUGACGUUCCAGGGAAUACGAAGCGACGCGAAUGCGCGCACAACCGUGCGCAUACGUUACGUGAACGGAGACAGCACGGCGCGGUACGCAAACGUGCGAGUGAACGGCGCCGCUGCGCAGAAACUGGCAUUCCUACCAACAGGUAGCAGUGUGUCCAGUAGCACACUACACGUCGACCUAAAGUCGGGCAGUACAAAUGAGAUAGUCAUUGAAGGCGUAAACGAUGGAUGGGGACCUGAUAUCGACAGACUGCUAGUUCCUGUGCAAUGAGCCUAGUAUGAUACUAGAUUCAAGAGAUUGGAGGAAUGG